AUGCAACGUGACUAUGAAGCUGAGAACACGAGCCAGGGAGAACACGAGCGGUGCGAUAUUUCAGUCAGGGUACUGGCCGUGGCUGAGAAAGAAGAGCUGAUUUCGGUUGAGUAUGAGAUUUUUGGGAGAGUGCAGGGUGUGUUUUUCCGAAAGUACACUCAGGCUGAAGGGAAAAGACUGGGUUUGGUUGGCUGGGUCCUGAACACAGAGCAGGGAACAAUUCGAGGUCAACUCCAGGGUCCAGGAAGCAAGGUGAAGGAAAUGCAGGACUGGCUGCGGAACAAGGGUAGUCCCAAGUCCAAAAUCACCAAAGCGGAGUUCAGCAAUGAGAAGGAAAUAGAGAGUCUGGAACACUCUGAUUUCAGAAUUAAUAAACAAAAGAAAGUUUAGAAUUAUUAUUUUUGUAAAGAUCUAGUUAACAACUAGUGAAAUUUGACAAUUAUUCUAAAACUUGUAUUGAUACAAUUGUGAAAAUGUGUUUACUUUUAUUAUUGUUACUUUAUUAAUGUAUUAUUUUAUUUAUUUAUUUUACAAAAGCUUAACAGUGUGACGGGAAGAAUAUGAUGCAAAUGAAGGAGUUUUUGUUUGCUGUGAUUGUCAU